UCAGAUAAGAAAACAGUGAGCAUUGCUGGAACGCUCUUCAGUCGCUUGGGUUUUUAUUGAGAUUUAUAGUGGAAUUCUUCAACUGAGCACGCUGUAGCAGAGUGCGUUGAAUAGUGAUUGAACAGUUCUGAGCAGUGGUGGUGUGCAUAUUGGUCAAAGCACAGGCGAUAGAAGUAUUCGAAGUAGCGCUUUUGAGCAAUACUGACCAAAAAGGCACAGUUUCCGGAAACUGAAACGAUCCCUGGCAAACCGGAAUCAGCAGUUAAGCACCAGCACCAGCACCAGCAGUGACAGCAGUACGUUAUUUUUUGCACUCAGAACACCGGAGUAAUUUAAUACAAGACAGAAAAUGAGCUGGCAGGAUUACGUCGACAAUCAGCUUCUCGCUUCGCAGUGCGUGUCGAAGGCAGCCAUCGCCGGUCACGAUGGUGGCGUUUGGGCCAAAUCCGAAGGCUUUGAGGUGUCGAAAGAAGAGGUGGCAAAAAUUGUGCAAGGAUUCGACAAAACCGAACUGCUCACAUCCGGUGGUGUGACACUAGCGGGCCAGCGUUACAUAUAUCUUUCCGGUACUGACCGAGUGAUCCGUGCCAAACUUGGCAAAACCGGUGUGCAUUGUAUGAAAACGCAACAGGCUGUAAUAGUAUCAAUCUAUGAGGAACCCGUGCAGCCCCAGCAGGCGGCAUCCAUAGUAGAAAAGCUGGGCGAUUAUCUAAUUACCUGUGGUUAUUAGAAGGAAAAACCAACCGUGUAGGAGGUGUGAAACGGUCGAGGAAAUUGGCAGAAGUGUGUGUGUGUGUGUGUGAGUUGAUAAGACGGAGGAGAGAGAGAAGGCGAGAGCAGGAGUGAUGAAGGAACCUAAAUAGAAUAGAGAGAAGAUUGCCGUGAAGAGGAUUGCUGCCGCCUCCCCCCCCCGUGUCCGCGCGAGUUUAGUGUGGGGUGUGCGUGUUUGGUUGAAUGUGGUUGUUGUUUGCUAAAUAAUAAUAAUAAUAAUAAUAAUAAGCAAACCGUUCGCGUGUCCCCCCACACAACGCCAUGUGGGGGGGGUUUGUGAAUGCACCGGGAAUGGCACACAUACACAACACUGUACAAGCACACAUCAUCAUCACACCCGACAUCCGCAACAGCGCCCCGUAAUGCAGCAUCAGAGCAUCAUCUUUGGGACGGGCAUGAUCUCUCGAGCAUGAUCAGCACAGCAGUGAUCCAGGUGGAAGGGGGUGGAGGAUGAGAGAAGGGGGGAAGUACAGAGGUGAAAUCCAAGAAGAGAGCGCAAGAACGUACAGGCAUAAAAAAAAACACAGAAGAGAAGAAAACGGAGAACGGAGUGCGGAGAAUGGUAAAACACAUGUGUGUGAGGAAAUAUAC